GUGACAGCAAGCGCUUCGUGGUGAGCAGCAGUCGAGUGCAGAGCUCGCCUGCUGCCAGCGUGCCUGCAACCUGCCAUCUGCAGCCCGCUGCCUGCCUGCCUGCCUGCCUGCCUGCCUGCCUGCCUGCCUGCCUCGGGCUCGACAAGAGCAUCAUUCGCGGCCACAAGCUGGACGACGUGCGCGCGGAGCCUGCACCUCUUCGUCCCGGAAGCCUCGUCCACCGUCUGCCCGGCGUCCGCGGGUGAGCCAGCCCGAGCGGCGGCGGGGCGGAGCGGGGGGCGGGGGGGUCCAGCGCUCGGACCGACCGCUAUGGACCCCCAAGCGGCGACGCAGGCUCCGGCGGCGCUCGGAGCCGACGGCGGCGGCGAGUCGGAGUCCGGCGCCGGUUCGGAGGACACCUCGGCGGGAUGCUGCAGCGACACGUUCAGCAGCCUGCCCGACAUCGAGCAGGAGAGCCUGGAGGACAAGCUGAGGGGGCUGGCGUUCCGGAAACAGACGUCCUAUCGGAAAGCCAUCUGCCGGUCGGGCCUGCAACACCUGGGGCCGCUGCAGCUAGCCCCGCCUCCCGCCUCCAACGGCCCCGGCAAGGAGCUUCGCACCCGCAUGGACUGGACGGAGAACGCCGUCAACGGCGACCACCUGUGGAUGGAGACCAGCUGCUCGGGCGAACUCUGCUACCUCGGGGAGGACGCCUGCCUGCUCAAGGCUGCGGUGAGCUCGCUUGCCCCAAGUCAUCUGCUGGCUGCCCGUCUUGACAGCCGACCUGUGUGUUUGUGCUUGAAGAAGUCUGCGCCCAGAAGGAAGUGCGCCGCCUGCAAGAUCGUCGUCCACACCAGCUGCACCGAGCAGCUGGAGAAGAUCAACUUCAGGUGCAAGCCGACUUUCAGGGAAGGAGGCUCGCGGUGCCUGCGAGAUGUAAGUCUCCCGACGGGAGGUCCGAGCGGGGCCAGGUGUAAGGCGGCGCUGUCGUCUGCUCUCUGCCGGCAGAACGUGCUGAGGCACCACUGGGUGCACCGCCGGCGCCAGGACGGCAAGUGCAAGCAGUGCGGGAAGAGCUUUCAGCAGAAGUUCUUCCACAGUAAAGAAAUCAUCGCCAUCAGCUGUUCGUGGUGCAAGCAGGCUAUCGAGGAACCGUGCUCGCUGGGCGCCCACGCCGCCGUCAUCGUGCCUCCGUCCUGGAUCAUCAGAGUCAGGAAACCGCAGAGCUUGCUCAAGAACUCGGCCAGGAGGAAAAGACGCACGUCUUUCAAGCGCAGGACCAGCAAGAAGGGGCCGGAUGAGUCCAAAUGGCGGCCGUUCAUGCUGAAGCCGCUGCCCUCGCCGCUCAUGAAGCCCAUCCUGGUCCUCGUCAACCCCAAGAGCGGAGGCAACCAGGGAGCCAAGCUGCUCCAGAUGUUCAUGUGGAUCCUGAACCCGCGGCAAGUCUUUGACCUGUCGCAGGGCGGCCUUCGGGAGGCGUUGGAUUUGUAUCGCAAAGUGCCAAACUUGAGGAUCCUGGCCUGCGGUGGAGACGGCACGGUGGGCUGGAUCCUGUCCACGCUGGACGAGCUACAGAUGAAGCCGCAGCCUCCGGUGGCCGUCCUUCCUCUGGGAACAGGAAACGACCUCGCCAGGACGCUCAACUGGGGCGGGGGCUACACGGACGAGCCCGUGUCCAAGGUUCUGGGCCAGGUGGAGGACGGCUCGGUGGUGCAGCUGGACAGGUGGAACCUGCAGGUGGAGCAGAGCCACGGCGCCGAGCGGCAGCUCCAAGACGGCACGCAGAAGCUGCCCCUCGACGUCUUCAACAACUACUUCAGCCUGGGCUUCGACGCUCACGUCACGCUGGAGUUCCACGAGUCCAGAGAGGCCAACCCCGAAAAGUUUAACAGUCGCUUCCGCAACAAAAUGUUCUACGCGGGGGCCGCCUUCUCCGAUUUCCUCCAGAGAAGCUCGAGGGACUUGUCCAAGCACGUCCGAGUGGUGUGCGACGGGACCGACUUGACUCCCAAGAUCCAAGAUUUGAAAUUCCAGUGCAUCGUCUUUCUAAACAUUCCCAGGUACUGCGCGGGCACCAUGCCCUGGGGGAACACCGGCGACCACCGCGACUUUGAGCCGCAGCGUCACGACGACGGCUGCAUCGAGGUCAUCGGCUUCACCGUGGCCUCGCUGGCGGCGCUGCAGGUGGGCGGUCACGGCGAGAGGCUCCACCAGUGCCGCGAGGUGGUCCUCACCACCUUCAAGACGGUGCCGGUGCAGGUGGACGGCGAGCCGUGCCGACUGGCGCCGUCCACGCUGCGCAUCUCGCUGCGCAACCAGGCCAACAUGGUCCAGAAGAGCAAGAGACGCACCUCGGUGCCGCUGCUCAACGACCCCCACGCCGUCCCCGAGCGGCUUCGGCUGCGGGUCAACCGGAUCGGCCUGCACGAGUACGACCGCUUGCAGUACGACAAAGAGCGGCUGCGGGACAUCUCGGUUCCGGUGGGCAUCGUGGUGGUGAGGGGCGACUGCGACUUGGAAACGUGCAGACUCUACAUCGACAGACUGCGAGAGGACUUGCAGCAGGCGCCCUCUCUUGGCCACAGAGUGCAUUACCAGGAUGAGAGCCGGGGGAUGCCUCGGACCACCUCGGCUGGCAGACUCUCUUCCAGCUGGAGCUUCUUGGAUUCCACAUCGGCCGAUCGCUUCUAUCGCAUCGACAAGGCCCAGGAACACCUUCACUUUGUCACGGAAAUCUGCCAGGACGAGGUGUUCAUCCUGGACCGAGAGGGCCCGGCGGGGGGCCGGGUGUCAUCGGCCGGGAUGCCCGACCUGGUGGCGGAGCCCAGCGCCGGCGCGCCGUUGACUCCCGAGGAACAAGCGCUGUUGACGGCGGCGAGCGCCGGGGAUCUCUCCACGUUGUCGGAGUGCGUGCGUCACGGCGUCAGCCUGCUGGUGCGAGACGGCGCCGGUUGCUCGGCCCUGCAUAAAGCCGCGCGGAAAGGACACGCCCAGCUGGUGGUCUUCAUCCUGCAGCAGGGAUCCAAAGUGCUUCUCGACUUGCCCGACGGAGAAAAAGGGGACACCGCCUUGCACAAAGCCGCUUGGGAGAAGCAGCACGCCGUGUGUCGGCUGUUGGUGGAGGCGGGCGCGUCGCUUGACAAAACCAACUUUCAGGGGAAGACCCCGGUGGAGCAGGCGGCGGGCGACCUGGAGCUGACCUCCUACCUGAGCAGCCACAAAACACCUUCGGCCCCCCACGAGGACUUGGAGACGGCAGUCUGACGCACACACCCACGCGCUUUUCACGCUGGGGCGCAGGUUCCACGUCAGCGGGCGCUUUCUGGCCCGCCCGGCUAUUUAUUUUCUAUUAUUUAUUGAUCGAGACAGGUAUUUAUUGCGAGCGCGCUUUGGAGAGCGGCCGACGUGCUGAAGUGUUUCCACCCGUGCGAGCCUGAGUGGCUCACGGGAACAAGUAUUCUUUCGCCGCUCCAAAAGCUACGACUAACAACGGAGCGGAAGCCGAGACGCCAAACGAGUGACAUUCGCAAACAUCAAAAUAUAAAUGAAAUCUUCUUUGAAAGUGCCAAGUGUCCAAAUGGCACAGCUCAAUCAGAACUGCGUCUUUAGACCGCUUUUACAUUUUUCACUUGACUUCCGCUCCAAACAUUGCCAUCCAAGUUUGUGAAAAGGAUAUUUAAGGUGAAGCCAUCAUAUCCGAUCGACUUUGCAGCUGCCGUCCAACUCAUUCUGAGCCAUGUAAAAUGAACAGACGGCAUGUCGCUGCAUUUCUCCGCUAAUCGUUUACAUUACAUGAAUGUUUUUAGUGUUGCACUGAGGGAGGUACAGUGCCGUACCGUACUUGGCGACGCUUGGCUUGGAGAUUGUCUUCUCCUUUUCGGACUCGAGCCUUUUUUCUCAUCAAUACAUCAGAGAAGAACUUUGCCACGGUAGAGAUGACUCGCAUGUAACGACGACGGCCCUUUUGCAGUUUUUCCGCUCCGUUGUGAAUUGAACCCCAGUGAGUGAUUUGAUGGAAAUCGAUUGAAAAACAAAACAAAAAGUGCCACACGUGCAUCUCAAGGCGAAUGUACGGCGAUAACUUGAACCGCAAAGUCGGACGAGUUGACUCGUUUUAAGCAGGACUGGGAUGGAAUGACAAUGAAAAUAGUUUGGAUGGGGUGAACUGAAUGAAAAGCUUGUUGUACAGUUUUGCGCUGAAAGACCAAUUGUUUAUCUUGGGCGCAUCUUUGCUCCAAGAAAGAUAUUUGAUUUGGAUUUGCUCGACUGAUAUGCACACGACGAUGGCUGCUUGUGGGCGGGCGGGGCCUGCCUCUUCUAAUCCACGCAUUUAAUCGAAACUUUGUAUUCCAUUUAUUCUCACUAGCGUUGGUUCUGCAUGGCAUUUUCUGACCUCACAAUUGAAUCUUUUCCAGUAUUGGCAUAAACACCAUUGUUAUUGUGAAGAUGAAUCUUAUUGUUUCAACUAUUAAAUGAUUGUUUGGAGUGUUUCAUAUCCGGGCUUAUUUUUGUAUUGCUGCUGAAGAUGACUUGAAGUGCUUUAUUUGGAAGAUGAUGCUGUUUCUCUUGUUGGAAUGCAUGUUUCCUCUUUUUCCAUCGUCACAAUCAUCCAUACUUAUUUCUGCUUUCUGGUCCGGGGAAUCUACAAAUAUGGACAGUCUACUUCAUUUUAAAUAAAAGUUACACGCUGAAA